AUGAAGUUCGGUAAGACCUACAUGGAGACCAUGGCCGACCCUUCGUUCCCUGCGGAAUGGAGGAACGGCGCGCUGGAAUACAAGCACCUCAAGAAGCUCAUCAACGGCGUCGUCGCCGAGCUCGAGUCCAUCGGUCUUGGCGCUGAUGUCCUUCGUGAGCUCCUCAUCCGGCCCGAAGAUGAUCCGGCGAGUUCAACUGCAUCCUCACCCAAGGACAAGACACGGCCGCUCGAUUCGUCUGUCGACGACCGCGACUCGGCCAUCGCAGACGAGUCUGGCAACAGCUCCGAACAGGAAGAGGACAGCACCGGCCGACCAAAGAAGCUCACGCCAGCUGGAAAGUGGAUCAGCGACUUCUCCGUGGAUAUGAUUCGACGGGCUUCUUCCCCUGGCGACCGCACGACCGCAGAGAACACGCCCAUUGCCAACGCGCGAUCUUCGACGCAGCAUCCAGGAGCUUCCCAACGUUCGUCCUCCGCCACCCACCAUCUCGACGUGCCGAGCUCAUCCAAACAACGCAGAUACAGCGACGGCGUGCAAGAGCUCUCUGCAUCGCUCGAAGACAGCCACCUCGAGCCAAAUGCGCGCGGUCGUGCUUCCUUCAACGUCGGUUCCGUGCCGGAUCCAGAGAGAGGGGCUAGCAUCGGUCGCAAGGAUCUCGCCGCCAUGCGAAAGAAUCGGCGCCCCUCGGAUAUCGACGCCCCCGAUCAUAGCGAGCCUAGAUCGCACGAACCAAGCCCGGGACACCACGACUGGACUGCGAGCAAGUGGCGUGAGGAGGCGAAGCUCGACUGGGAUCCGAGCAGCAUCUCUCUUAAGGCCGGUGCUACCAAGCUCUCUCCCCCACCUCGCGAUCGCUCCGAGCGAAGCACCAGCCCGGCAAAGCACCGAUGGGUCGAAGGCAAGUCCGGCCGACGCGCUCGUGCCGAGUACGAGCUCGGAGGCACCCCCGAGCAUCCGGAGCCUCGCAUUCGUCUCUUCAUCGAGUCACCGCUGCCAUCAGACGAUGAAGAGGGUGACGAGGCCGCAAAUGCCGACUCGGUCAGCCUCUCGGACGACGCAAGCAGCCGAAAGAGCAUCGAGAAGCAGAUCAUCGAGCUUCCAGCCACACCAACCAGGCGCUUCUCCACCAUUCCCGAGGACGGGCCCGAGGGCGAGACCAAGGAGCAGAAGGUCAAGCGACAGUCCGAGAUCCGCAGGAAGCGCGGCACGCGAUCGCGCGAGAUCGUCAUCCCGCUCACUGCCGACACGCAGUUCCUCGACACGCUCACCCACGCGCUCCAGAACCUGUCCAACAUCCAGACGCACCAGCACGACAACUUUAUGCUCGAGACAGAGUCGCUGUGCUCUGCCGUCGCACGCGCAUCCAGCCCGUACGCCUCCAAGAACGACCUCUACGUGUGGAGGGAGAUCUUCGGACUCUGGGUCGAGAUGCAGGUGUUUGAGAGUCAGCGCGAGAAGGAUCGCGGCGAGCUCAGCAUCGACGAGAGCGAGGCAAGGCUCAAACGCUUUGCGCUCGAGCUCGCCAAGCGCGGUUGGAUCCACGAUCCCAAUGCGCCCACUCCGAGCAAGAAGGGCAAGCUGGUCAAGCUCAAGAUCGGAUCUGGCCCCAGCAGCCAAGGGCUUCAGAACCAGACGAGCGCAACUGCCAUCGAGGACUUUCUCAGGCUCAACUUUGCGCUUCUGGACGUCAAGAAGUUCCAGCGUGUCAACGUGGAGGCCGCAAGAAAGAUCCUCAAGAAGCACGACAAGCGCACCGCGCUAACGGCGAGCAACGACUUGAGGACGUUUAUGGCGCAGCAGGAAGCGGCAAGGCGUGCGGCGGGCAUCCAUCCGGUCGGUUCGGGCGGAGUGAUUAACCUGCCGGUUUCGGCAUUCCAGCCCGCCGAGCCGUCGGCCGGUGUCUCGAAUGCGCUCAUCUCGUCCGCGGCGCAUCCGUCGCUCGCUGCGUUACUGCCAUCGGCCACCACAGGAAUCCUGUCCGAGUCGCUGCCACACAUCCUGCUGUCGCUCGUCACCACGACGCUGCUGCCGAUUCUGCCGUCGGUCGACGACUACAGCUGCGCGAUCUGCACCUCGGUCGCAUGGAGGCCUGUGCGUCUCGACUGCUCGCACCUCUUCUGCCUCAGGUGUCUGGUGAAGCUCCAGAGGCAAGGCAAGGACGACUGCCCGCUGUGCAGAGCUCCCGGUGCCGUCAAGUCUGCCGACCGCCACAACAUGAACGAGGAGACCGACAGGUAUCUCCAGACCUGGUUCCCGCGCGAGGUCAAGGAAAAAACAAAGGAGAACGAAAAGGACCGCCGCCAGGAGGACCUCGAGGCGCUCGGACUGCGCGAGGAAAAGUGCGUCAUCCAGUAG